AUGUAUUUUCAUAAUUGCUUUUCUAUUUCAGAGCCCACAACGAAUAUAAUCGGCGAGCCCGACCUGUACAUAGACCGAGGCUCCACCAUCAACCUGACCUGCGUGGUGCUGUUUUCUCCGGAGCCUCCGGCUUACAUCUUUUGGAACCACAACGAUGCGAUAAUCUCGUACGACUCGCCGCGCGGCGGCGUCUCGGUCAUAACCGAGAAAGGGGAGACCACGACGUCGUUCCUACUCAUACAACAAGCGAGGCCUGCGGACUCCGGACAAUAUCAAUGCAAUCCUUCGAACGCCCAAAGCCGCAGCGUCACCGUGCACGUACUAAACGGCGCAUCGGGUUCGGUUUCCAGGGGAGUAUCCGGCGGCCAUGCAGCGAGGGGGUCAGCCUCACCGCGAGCUCUCCCCGCGUCUACGUUUGCUGCUACUCUGCACGCUCUGCCUGCUGUCGUGUUGGGCAUAGCCGCGUUAAUGGACAACGGCCCAUUUGCGCGUCUGCUGCACGCCGGCAGCGAGCAGGCAGCAACGCCGAUUUUGACGCUCACGCGCUGGUUGAGGUCAGCAGUCGUAGCCGUCAUAUGCCUAGAGGUCUGCGCCGUGCUCCGGAAUCUCCGAGGACUCAUCGUCAGCAAGUUCCUCUGCCCGAUAUUACUAAGCGUCUUCGUCGUCUUUGCAUGCUCCUCUUUUGUAGGUAAAAUUUAUAUAAUCGCGAUAUCAUGCUGGGUGGCGCAGUAUAUUAUACUGGCUUUAUGGAGGUUAAUAACACAAGUAAGUACAAAAUCAAACUUUGCGCUCUGUCCUCUGGAACUUCCAGAACCGCGGCACGAACAUUCGUUCAAAUUAUUUUCAUUUAUCACAUCUAACAAUCUAUUGAUUGCUUUGAUAAGGAGAAUUGUUUCAACGAGUUACUCAAUAUUUUCGAGAAAACCGUUAAGGCAAGCAGAAAUGAGGUGAUAAUGCAUUCGCAUAAAUUGUACGUAAUACUGUAUUUCCGAUUGUAGUCCAUUAGGUAACAAACGAAACGAGAAUGUAAGGAUGGUAUUCAAUUGGUGAUAUUUAAUAGA